UCCUCCCCAAAGGAACACUGGAGUGGAGCUGCAAGAGGUCAGGGAAGGGCAGGAAGGAAGCUGGGAUGGGCUGAGUGAGCUGGGAAAAUGCAGCAUCAAGGGGGGUCCAGCAAAGGUCUGCAGCAUCCUGCAUGGCAGAGAGAGAGGGGCAGCCUGUGCCUGCCCCUGGGACAGGAGUCCAGAUCUGGGAUGAGAAGCAAACCGAGAGAGGGAAUGAGUGACCCUUUUUCUCCCUCUUUUGCAGCAUGAACGGGACUUGCACCAGCAGCAGAUGAGAGAGCUGGAAAAGAAGAAUGAGAUGCAUGCAGCUGAGAUGCAAAGUCAGGAGGGAAGAAUGCUGCCCAAGGAGCAACUGGACAUUGAAAAGGAAACCAAGCAGCAAGUGGUGGACCUUGAGGCUGCUGCUUUGAAGGAAGGGAGAGGGAGCACUCUGAGUGCUGCACUGUCCAAGUAUAAGAUUGCCAGGGGGGCUCUGAAGAAACCAUUUGCCUUCCUGAAGGGAAAGACAUGUCUCCAGGCUGUUGGAUCACAGGAGGAGCAUCUGUUAUUUAUGUCAGAGACCAUCCUGAAAUCUGAGAAACCAGUUGCAUCACAAGAAAAGGAGAAGACAAAGUGGCCUGAAUGGAGCACUGAGCCCAGGAGAACUGGCGAGCAGGCUGCUGGAGCAGAAGGAGAGCAGCUGUCAGAGAACUCCAGGAAGGCCAUGGAGUGUGUGCGGGAUGUGGUUGCAACAUCAGCAGAAGACAAGGCAGAGAAGCGUGAAUCAACCACUGACCCCAGGAGGACUUAUGAGGUGGCCCCUGAAGGGAGGAGUGUUGAGAGAACACGUAGCAGUGCGUACAUCCCGGAUACCAUUAGACAGGAUGUGCCCCAGUCUGCCCAGCAGGGUAUGCCAACUUCUGCAGAGGCUGCUGGAGCAGAAGGAGAGCAGCUGUCAGAGAACUCCAGGAAGGCCAUGGAGUGUCUGCGGUGCAGGGCUGCAACAGCAGAAGACAAGGCAGAGAAGCGUGAAUCAACCACUGACCCCAGGAGGACUUAUGAGGUGGCACCUGAAGGGAGAAGUACCAGAACUUUUAGGAGAGUGUUCCCCCCAGACUACUUUACCUUGCCUGUCCCCGAGUCUGUCCAGGAAAAUACUUCAAGUUCUGAAGGAGAAAAGUCAUCCAGUAGCUCAGGGGAGCAGCAGGCCUCCUGCUGAUGCACAGCCUGUGGAGAAAGGGGACAGUGCUUUGGAAAUGAGAGGCUCCCCCAGGGCCAUGCAGAGCCAGCUGCCCAGGAUGUGUCCACGUGGCUUUUGAGUCCCUCCAGCCAUGGAGACUCCAGCACCUCCCUGGGCAGCUGCCCCAGGGCUCAGCCACCCUCCCAGUGCAGAAGUGUCUCCUGAGCUCGGAGGGCCCCUCCUGUGUGUCACUUUGUGUCACUGGGGCUGUCCUGGCCCUGUCCCCUCUGCAGCCUCCCCCUGGGUAUUUAUCCUGAGCCUGCUCUGCUCCAGGCUGGGCAGUCCCAGCUCUCUCAGGCUCUCCUCAUGGCAGAGAUGCUCCAGCCCCUCCAUAUCUUCCUGGCCCUGUGCUGGACUCUGUCCAGCCUGUCCCUGUCUCCUGUACUGGGCAACCCAGCUCUGGCCCAGCACUCCAGGGCUGGCCUCACUGGUAUAGGGCAGAGGGGAAGGAUCCUCUCCCUCCACUGGCUGUGACACUGCUUACAGAAAGAAUUGGCAGGAUUUACAAGAAGGAUUUUUGUUCCAAAUCUUAUUUGGGAAAAACUGUAGUGAUCCAUGCUCCCUCUCAGUAGCAGUGAGUAAAGGAAAAGUGGUUCUGUUUUUGGUGAGAAUGGAUGUCAGCUGCACAGGAACCAUGCCAGUCUGGUGUGACCUAUUGUGGGAAGGAGCACUCUGAGGGAGGUAAAAGCUGGCAUGAAGAGAUUCUUCAAAGACUCUUCUUCAAAGCAUAGAAGCCCCUGUUAGGAUCAGGAACAAUUCUUAGGCAAAGGCUGAAACUGUACUUCUGUGAAUUCCUUUACCUCCCAGAUCAAUUUUUCCAUUAAUGAUGACAGAUCAAAGUUGAAAGUUGCCCAGCUGAUAAUUCACUCAUCUUCCUAGGACAUUAGAAUAGAAGGGAAGAAUUCUUGAUCCUGAAAACAUUCAGGAACUGGCUGAGGAUGAGAAGGUCAAGGGUUGAGGGCAUAAUUUAAAAGAAGAUAACUUAGGAAGGUGAAAAGCAGAAUCACAAUCCUGGGUGACAGGAGAUCAACUGAAUCAAGAACUUCUGAUCAACCUCAUCUCAGAAAGGAGGAAUGUGGAAAAAAACCUGUGGAAGAAGAAUCAAGUUAUCCUUGAGGAGUGUACAGACAUUCUGGUGAAAGUGGGAGAAUAGUUAGGGAGCUCUUGAGCCAGGCAUACACCAGGUGUGAGGACCAGAGGAAGCUACAGCAGCUGUCUGUUGUCUUCAAAAAAGCCUGGCCAGCGAAGGUGGCUCCUGAGAACUUCAAAGAACAUUACAGCAGUCUUAAAGAUGGGCACAAAGGAGGCUCUGCAGAAGAACCACAAGCUAAUCAGCUCCUCUGGAAUCCCUGGGAAGGUAAUGGAGAAAAUCCUCCUGGACACCUUUUGAAACAACUGAGAGGGAAGGACAUUGGGAACAGCCAGCACAGAUUUACCACGGGGAAAUGGUGCCUGGCCAAGCUGAUUGACUCUGUGAAUAAUGGAAGACCAGGAAUGGUGUUGCCUGACAUUGCAAAGCAUUCAACAGCCCUGCAGUCUCCUCACAGCCCGACUGGUGAGAUAUGGGCCGAGGGAAUGGCGAGGUGAAUGGAAAACUGCCCAAACCAGCGGCCUCAGUGCUGCUGGAUCAGGUAUGAAGUGGUCAGGUUGUGGUGACACCACUCACAGAUCAUCCCUGGAGCCACUAUAACUGUUGAUUAAUGACUAAUAUUUAUAUGCAGAGGAUGUCUCCUCUAGGAAAAUGUGUGCCAUGAAACUUUACAAUGGGAUGUUCAUUCAACCAGGGACACGUUUUCAUCACAAGAUACUUCCUAGCUCCUACAUGAAUAUUACUUUUCCCAGAACUACUUUACCCACCUCUGCCCCUUCUUGCAAGUCGUUUUAUGGUCUUAGAGGGUCAUCUAAAGGGGUCUCUGGUGAUCAUAUUCACUGAGAGACCCCAAAAUUGUAAGUGCCCUUGCCUUGAUCUUCUCUUAGGGCAUGCACUGCUGUUUCUUGUUACUUAACUUUGCUACAAAACCCACCUUGGUUCCUUCUUAUCUGUUUAUACACUGCUUCCAGCUCUGGUUAGCAUCCUGUGUGUCUACUUUUACAUUCUUUUCUCAAAUUUGCUGGUUAUUCUUUAAGCUCCAUUUUGCAACUGAAAAUUUCUCUUUUCCAUGUUGUCUGUCACAGUGAGUGGUGGCAAUGCAUCUUCCUGGCUGGAGCCACCCCCAUUUCCAUGCAGUCUUGGCCCAAUGAGAUGACCCAGUCUACUCAGGAGCUGCACUUUGACCUUGUCAGGGAGUACCCAAUGGACACGAUGCCAUGGCAGCUUGGCAACCUCUGGAUUUGUCCUCCCUAUAGCAAUGUCUCACCUCAGCAUAGAAUCCCAGACUGCUUUGGGCUGGAGGGACCUCAAAGCUGUGAUAAUUGAUACAAGAUUUGUGUUAAUCAUUAAAGUAUUAGGGUUUGUACAAAAUAGAAUACUAAGGCCUGAAGUGAAGCAUGAACACUAGACAGAGGAAAAUAUAUGAUUCAGUCAUUCUGUUUAAAAUUUCCCUGUUAUGAACAUUAUGUUUUCUACAUAAGUUGGAUCUACAAGUAGUUUUCAAAAUUAGACCUUCCGAUACUCUGAUAGAUUUUGCAAAAUCAGACUUGCUGCCUUUCUUCAAUCAAUGCUGCUUAUCUAUAAAGACCAGACUUGCCGAUUUUCGCCGGUUUUAUCUACCAAGACCAGAUGAGACUUGACUAUCGCCCAGAGACUUUACGGAUGUUUAUUUCAACCACCACUGCUUGCCUGGCAAAAUUGUGACAGCAAAAAAACAAAAAUUAUUGAUGACAACGAGAGACCAUACCAUAAAAAGAGGCUGCAAACCAAGGAGCGUGGAGUGGGCGGUGUCCCUUCAUGUUCCCCAGCGCUGCUUGCUCUAUGUAAAAUAAAGCAAUUAAAUUGUGCUC